ACAUGGAAGCCGUUGCCACGGUGCUGUGACUGCUGUCUGGCAGAGGCUCUGAUGAUCGUGUUGAUAAAGUUAUCACAUGCUUCGAUAGCUCGGGUCCUGCGCAUGCGCGCCGCGCUCGAUCAGGUGACUGUGUGACGUACCAGCGGUGCAGGCAGCAGAGCAGGAAGUGACUGUCCGUGAGUGAGGAGACCAGGUCGGAGACAGGAGCUGCCCCAGGACCAUGGCCACCAGUGUCAGCACUCAGCGGGGACCGGUGUUCAUUGGUGAACUCCCCCAAGACUUCCUGCGUAUUAUGCCCACCCAGCAGCAGCAGCAGAUUCAGCUUGAUGCCCAGGCGGCACAACAGCUGCAGUAUGGAGGGGCGAUGGGUACCAUGGCCCGGCUCAGAAUCACUGUGGUGCAGGCCAAACUGGCAAAGAACUACGGUAUGACCCGGAUGGACCCUUACUGCAGGAUACGUUUGGGAUAUGCAGUGUACGAGACUCCCACUGCACAUAAUGGGGCCAAAAAUCCCCGAUGGAACAAGGUUAUCCAGUGUACCAUACCACCAGGAGUGGACUCCUUCUACCUGGAAAUAUUUGAUGAGAGGGCUUUCUCCAUGGACGACCGCAUUGCAUGGACACACAUUACUAUCCCGGAAACACUGAAGGAGGGGAAGGUUGUGGAUGAAUGGUUCAGUCUAAGUGGGAGACAAGGAGAUGACAAGGAAGGCAUGAUUAACCUUGUGAUGUCCUACACGUCUGUGCCAGCCGCAAUGAUGAUGCAGCCUCAGCCGGUGGUGUUAAUGCCUACAGUAUACCAGCAAGGUGUUGGCUAUGUACCUAUCGCAGGACUUGAUUAUUUGUCUCUGGGGUCCACGGGUUAUCCGCAGGAUAGCGUUCGGAUUUCCCAAAGCAAUUUAGUGGUGGGGACGCUCCUGAUUGGACAGGAGGAUUGGACAGAGAAUCCUUCACCCGAAUUCAGCAUCAUGAGAGGCAAAGGUAUGCCAAGUAUGUACAAUGCCGGGAUACCAAUGACUAUACCGCAGCCUGCUUUAAACCCGCAACACGAGACUCGGGAAGAGGAUUUAAAAGCCAUUCAAGAUAUGUUUCCAACCAUGGACCCUGAGGUAAUUAAAUCGGUCCUGGAGGAACAUCGAGGCAACAAAGAAGCUGCUAUCAACUCCCUGCUCCAGAUGGUGGACGACUCUUAGUGGCAUCACUUCCUUUGUUCGGUUUUCCUUCCCCUGCCAGUGUCCUUUUUGACUUGCCAAGAUGGAAUCUCCCUUGACUUUUUUUCCGACCCAUAAAAUGUUAUAUUGUGGAUGCUUGUUAUUGUUCAUUGUGAUCUCAACAUUUUCUAAACCGUUAACCAAGUUGCGGAUUCCAUCACAAUG